CAGAUGACCGAGCAUGUGACAGGACGUGAUGGCAUCAUCGUACUCUUCGUGUGGGCCGUUCUUGUCACGGAGCGCCACGCUUGAGAAGUUGAAAAGCAGUCAGGGGAGGAUGCUGUGGACGUCACGUUCGAUUUAAAACAACCAAUCUUGGCCCAGUUUACCUUGUGUGGAUCCCUUAAAGAUCUGACAUUUAUUAUCAUUCACGUUUAUGCUCGAGUGCAUGAGUCGGAGACCCGCUUUGACAGUGACAUGGCUGAGGCUCCACCGCUCCAACUAGACCCGGACUUUGAGCCUCUCACCCGGCCGCGUUCUUGCACCUGGCCGCUACCGGAGCUCAUCGACCCGGCCGGCUCCGCCACAUCUUCCCCGACUCCAUCAGUGCAGCAAGAGCCGUCGGGAAACGGCGAGUUCCCGCGCAACCUGUGCUUGUUGGAGGAGGACCCGGAGCACGGAUUGCACGUGCCCCACUCUUCGGGGAUGCACCUCCACCAACACCUGCAGCAGCCGCCCCCGCAGCUAGCACCCCAGCAACAAGUGGGUCCUCCUGGCGCGCCGCUCUUAGGUAGCUCCAGCCAGAGGAAGAGCAACUCGUCCCGUCGCAACGCUUGGGGGAACAUGUCGUAUGCCGAUCUCAUCACCAGAGCCAUCGAGAGCUCACCCGAGAAGAGACUUACCCUGUCUCAGAUUUACGACUGGAUGGUGAAGAGUGUCCCUUACUUCAAGGAUAAAGGGGACAGCAAUAGCUCUGCCGGGUGGAAGAACUCCAUCAGACACAACCUUUCGCUGCAUAGCCGCUUUGUGCGCAUUCAAAAUGAGGGAACAGGAAAAAGUUCAUGGUGGAUGCUAAACCCAGAGGGAGGGAAGAAUGGCAAGUCGCCUCGGCGCAGAGCUGCCUCAAUGGACAACAACAGCAAGUUCGCCAAAAGCCGAGGAAGAGCCUCAAAGAAAAAGAUGGCUCUCCUGGACGGGGCUGAAGCAGGAGCGAGCAGUCCUGGUUCCCAGUAUUCCAAUUGGUUGGGAAGUCCAAGCUCCCACAGCAACGAGGAUUUUGAGUCCUGGAGCUCUUUCAGAACCCGCGCCAGCUCAGACGCCAGCACCCUAAGCGGCCGUCGUUCACCUUUCUCCUCCGAGCAGGAUGACCUCGGGGAAGGUGAGGGUCACCUUAUGUACCCCGGGGGGAGUAAGAUUGUCCCUCCCCUCCCCAGCCUGUCUGAAGUGUCUGGAUCCAUGGGGGGUUCAGAGAUGGUCAUGGAGAACUUGGCGGAUAACAUGAAUCUGCUGUUCCCGAAAAAAACCCAACUGUGUUCUGACUCCUCUAAUGUUGCCAUGCUUCAGAGCGGUCCCUAUAACAACCCUCAGGCGCAACAAGACUUCCGAAAAUGCAUGUACCCUCAGGCCAGGAUGAAUUCAAUGUCCCCUGUCCCUCUGCAUCCGCUGCGAGAGAACAAACAGGACUAUGACACUUUUGAGAACCAAUAUAUCUGUCAGACUGGCCUCCUUAAAGAGCUGAUGUCCUCCGAAGCCGUCACAAGUCGAAACAUGAUUCCCUAUAAGGAGUCACCAAUUCCUCACAUUGGGAGGGGCCAUUGUCCAGUGCCCACCUACGACAGCCAGAGACAAUUGGGGGUACAUAAUGGCAGCAAAAUGAUCCAUCCCGCUCAGAGCCUGGCCGCCCGUCACGUAAAUCCGCAAGCUUUACAUAAUCAGGCUCCUCCAUCCUCGCGGGAUUUGAAUAGCGGCAACAUGAUCCCUUUGACCAGUCUGAGCAGUCUUUCGGGGGGCCCUCGUCAAAUGUCAAGCUUGAGGACACACAUGCAACUAUCACGUGGUCACCUGGACACCACUCGUGAGUUUAUGUCUCCCUACCGCAACAGCAGCGGCGGCUACAGGGAGCUUCACCCACACGCUCAUCACCAGGAGCGGCUGCCCAGCGAUCUGGACAAUAUGUCCAUUGAAAGGUUUGAAUGUGACAUGGAGUCUGUCCUGCAUGACACUCUCAUGGAUGGCGGGGCGCUGGACUUCAAUUUUGAUCCUGCAGCCGGGUCUCAAGUGUUCCCCCAGAGGGUGUAGACCACCACACACAGCUGGGUGUCAGGCUAAGGCAAAUAUGAUUUGUGAUUCUCCACAGAGUAGCUUACAUUAAAGUUGUUGUCUUUAGUUGCCAUUUUCGGUCUAUCAUUGCAAUCCAUUUAAAUGUCUUUGUUUUGCUCCUCAGUAAAUACUGGCGUACUGUAUUUUUUAUAUCAGUGUGCAGUAUGUAAGUGCAGUUAAGUGGCAAA